AUGAAGUUUGCUUCUACAAGAUGGGAUGAAGCAGCAAGAGCCUAUUUGUUUCAUCUAGUCGGUUGCACCUUAUUUGCUAAUAAAAUUGCAACCUAUGUGGAGGUAAAAUUCUUAGAUUUUUUUCGUGACCUCAAAGGAUGUUCCAUGUAUUCAUGUGGCACAACUACCUUGACUUAUCUUUGUGAGCAUCUUACUAGUGCUAGUUUUGAUGGCACAAAGCAAAUUAGUGCCUAUGCCACUCUUCUUCAGGAAACACGUCAUAGGAUUGGUCGACUACUACAGCGUAUGAUUGAUCAUAGGUUGGUUACCCAAGGCACUGAUGCAUAUUUUGUGACUGAAGAGGCAUUAGCAUUAGCCCGUGGAGUAACUGAUGAUGGUGCUAUGAACACCAAUAGGGCACGAGGUGACACCAAAGGUGGGCAUGGCAAAGGAGGACAUUGA